AUGCAAGCACUGCGGCCCAUUGCUCGCCGACGCGCCCGGCAGGUGCUAGCAUCCAGCGUUCGGAGGCUAGCCACCGCGACCGACACUGCAACGCCACCUCCACCCCCCUUCGACAACCACAUCAAGAUCGUCGAGGUUGGGCCGCGCGAUGGGCUUCAGAACGAGAAAAGGUCGAUUUCUCUGCCCACAAAGAUCGAAUUGAUCGAGCGAUUGGCUCAGACCGGUCUGUCCACCAUUGAGGCUGGCUCCUUUGUUUCACCCAAAUGGGUGCCCCAGAUGGACAACUCGGGAGAGAUCCUGCAGCACAUUCUCCAACACAAAAUCCCUAGCCCCGUGCCCAUCUCCUACGCCUUCCUGGCCCCCAACAUCAAGGGCCUCGGUAAUGCCAAUGCCAUAUUACAACAACACCCCGAUGCAUACACUACAGAACUGCCGACAGAGCCGGAGAAGUCUUCGCCGAGCAAACCUGGCGUGGAAGUCGCUGUCUUCGCAGCAGCCACCGAGUCCUUUUCGAAAAAGAACCUCAAUUGCGACAUCGCUACCUCCCUGGAGCGCUUCAAGGAGGUCAUUCUCGGUGCGAAGGACGCGAACCUGAGAGUGCGGGCAUACAUAUCCGUGGUUCUGGGCUGCCCCUUCGAAGGCUAUGACGUGGAUCCUCGCAAGGUGGCUGAGAUCGCCACAGACCUGCUGGAGAUGGGAGCCGACGAGAUCUCGCUGGGCGAUACGACCGGCAUGGGCACUGCGCCGAGGACGAAGGAGCUUCUCAGGUGCAUGACUGCGGCGGGAAUUCGCAAUGAAGAUAUUGCGAUGCAUUUCCACGACACGUACGGCCAGGCCCUGGUCAACACAGCCAUCUCCCUGGAGCAUGGCAUCCGGAUAUUUGACAGCGCUGUGGGAGGUCUUGGAGGCUGCCCCUACAGCCCCGGCGCGACCGGCAAUGUGGCAACCGAGAAUCUUGUCUACUUCCUCGAGAGUCUCGGCAUGAACACCGGCGUCGAUCUCGAUGCCAUGGCUGACAUUGGCUCGUGGAUUACCAAGGAAUUGGAGAGGCCCCACGAUAGCAGUGUUGGCAAGGCCGUGCUGGGUGCGCGAAAGAGGCAGGAAAGUUCCCAGACCAACUAG